AACAAACAGGUACAGACACGACGAGGCAUAGUAAAUUGCCCGUAAAUCCUUGAAAUGUCCAUCUUAACAAGGUUUUUUCCUUGUAAAAUAAGUGAAGUUCGAUUCGACAAAACUCUUGCAUGUGGUCAGUCAUUCAGAUGGCAUGAGGACAAGGAGGGUCGCUGGAUUGGGGUGAUUGGAAAUGCAGUCUGGAAGCUGUGGCAAACAAAUACACACAUCUAUUACCAGACAUUCAGAGCCAAUGAGAUGAUGACAGAUGUCAAGCCAAUCAUUGCAGAAGAUUGCUCUACAAAGAUCGAGUGUACAUCUUGCAUCCAUCAAACAAUUGAUUACACAGCAUUCUGCUGUUGCCCUGAUAGAGACGAAGCAAUCCUUAGAAACUAUCUCAACCUGCAUAUUAACUUAGAAGAACUUUAUAAAACUUGGUCUGACGCAGAUGAGCAUUUUAAAGACAUUGCACAGAAGUUUACCGGCAUCCGAAUGCUGAGACAACCUCCAGUGGAGUGUUUAUUCUCAUUUAUUUGCUCAUCGAACAAUCACAUUUCCAGAAUCGGAGGAAUGGUUGAGAAAUUGACCGUUAACUUUGGUGAAAAGAUUGCCAAUGUGGAUGGCAUGGACUAUUUCACGUUCCCCAAAGUGUCCCGACUUGCUGCUGUGGGUGUGGAAGACCAGCUGAGGAAACUUGGGUUUGGUUACCGGGCUAAGUAUAUACAGAAAUCAGCUGAGUUCAUAAUUAGCAAUGGUGGAGAAGACUGGUUGUAUGUGUUACGUGACCUACCCUACAAGGAAUCCAAAACCAGUCUGAUGCAGCUGUGUGGUGUGGGUGCAAAGGUGGCUGACUGCGUAGCCCUGAUGUGCCUGGACAAACCUGGUUCAAUACCCGUGGACACUCAUGUGUGGCAGAUAGCAGCGCGCGACUACAUGCCCAAACUGGCGCAGGCUAAAUCACUGACUGAUAAAUUGUAUGAAGAGAUUGGAGAACAUUUCCGUAAUCUCUGGGGGCCAUAUGCAGGCUGGGCACACAGUGUUUUGUUUGCAGCUGACUUGCGAAAGUUCAAAGAGCCCAAUACAGUCAAAAAAACGAGUCCCAUAAAAAGGAAACAAACAGUUGGUGAACCCAAGAGACUAGAAAUCAAAGAAGAAAAGAAAGCCAAAGUAUUGGAUGUUGUAGAACAGACAGGAGACACAAUUAAUCAAACUGAAGGAAAACCCUCUUUAAGACAAAGGAGAGUAAAAAAAUGAACCAAAGAAAAAGUGAUUGUGAAACAGACAUUGAUGAACUUAAAAAGGGUAAUGUCAAAACAAGCCCCGUUGAACCAAUCUACAAGCGAUAAAUGGAUUCAAUGAUGAACAAGUAAUGGGGAAAAAAAAUAGAUACUAUUGAAGACUUUAUUGCACAAUUUGUUGUGAAACAAGCAUUCAUUUACCAAUGAACAUGUAAUGGUGAAACAAGCACUCACGAACCAAUUACCAGGUAAUGAUUAGACAUGCAUUGAUGAACUAAUUAACAAGUUAUGGCGAAAGUAGAAGCAGUGAACCAAAGCAAAAGUAAUGAUGAAACAAGUAUUGGUGAGCUAAUUUACAAGUUACGGUUCAACUAUCAGCGGUGAACCAACGUACAAGCAAGUUAUUGUGAAAUAAGCAUUUGUGAAACAAUAAACAAAUUAUUCCGAAACAAGCAUUGGUGAACCAAUCAACAAGUAAUAAUGGAACAAGUAUUCAUUACCCAGCAAACAAGUUGUGGUGCAUCAAGCGUUGGUGAUCCAAUUUAGGCUGAAACAAGCAUUGCUGAAACGAUUAACAAGUAAUGACAAAACAAACAUUGGUGAACCAAACCACAUGUAAUGUUGAAGCAAGUAUUGGUUGCCAAAUGAACAAGUUACGGUGCAUCAAGAAUUGGAGAAUCAAGUUAACAAGAAUUUAAGGAUCAAGACACAAGUAAUUGUGAAACAAGUUUUUAUAAACCUAUGAACAAGUAAUAAGAAAACAUUCAUUGGUAAAGCAAUUAACAAGAAAUUAACUGUUAAUGAUGAACCAAGAAACAUGUUAUGGUGAACAAAACCUUGAUGGACCAGUCAACAAGUAAUGGCGAAACAAGCAACCUUGACCAAUGGGGAAACAAGUAAUCUAUGAACAAGUUAUGGUGAAUCAUGGAUGAACUAAAACAAUAAUGUCUGAUGUCUAAACAAUAAUUAAGUGAUAUUCUUGUAACCGACAUUUGUUAAAUAAACUAUUUAUAAUUAUCAAACAUUCAAUAAAUGGACAAGUGUCAGAAACCAUCAGUGUAUCAAUCUGUAUGAAGUAGUAAACAAAUAUGUGGUAAUUUAUUGGGAGUGCAAAAGCAACGAGGACAAUAUGUUAAUUUAUAUUUCAAACUAAAUGCUAUUAAUUUACAGAAUGACUUUGUAUAUACUAACUGAAAAACACAAAAUGGUGGAAAGUAUUUAUUAAAAACUGAAAAUUUC